UUCAGCAUCGCGGAGGAGAACCCACCCUGCAUGCAGGACCACCGCUCGGAAACUUUCUACAACACAAAAAAUCCUGAGAGAACUCAUCUUGUGGUCUCUCUUUCGAGAACAUCCUCUGGACUUUUUUAAGGGAGGAGGCUGAUCCAAAACAAAGGUGCGCUUUUGCAUGGCUCGCCGUCCUAACUUUUUCAUUUUUUUAAGAGGGGUCUUUUCUGAUGAUUUGACUGAUUGGUGCCAGUGCUAAGACAUUCCUCCUCAAUUGGACCUGACAGAGCUCCCAGAGCUGAGGAACAACGACAACAAGAAGCAGUAAGAAGAAGAGGAGGCGGAGUCAUCAUCUCAAAAUUUAAAAAGGAGCACUCCGGGGCUCGGACGCGCGCAAACAUGAUGAUGAUGUCUCUGAGCAGCAAGCAGCCCUUCGCCGCCAUGGCCCACGCCAGCCUGGCCGAAGCCAAGUACUCCCUGCACUCCUCGGCCUCCUCGUCCUCCUCGUCCACGCUGACUUCCUCGGCCUCCUCCUCUUCGUCCACGCCGUCGUCCGCCUCCUCGUCCUCCUGCUCAUCUUCCCGUCACAGCGGCAGCAGCAUCAUCAGCACCAGCGGCUCAGAGGCGAUGAGGCGAGCCUGCCUGCCCACACCACCGAGCAAUAUAUUCGGCGGCUUGGAUGAGAGUCUGCUGGCCCGGGCUGAAGCUCUCGCCGCGGUGGAUAUCGUCUCCCAGACCAAGAGCCACCACCACCACCACCCGCCUCACCACAGCCCCUUCAAGCCGGACGCCACCUACCACACCAUGAACACGCUGCCGUGCACCUCCUCGUCGUCCUCCUCCUCCUCGGUGCCCAUCUCGCACCCCUCCGCCCUGGGCGGCCACGGCCACCACCACCACCACCAUCAUCACCACCACCAUCACCAGCCGCACCAGGCGCUAGAGGGCGACCUGCUGGAUCACAUCACCCCGGGCCUGGCGCUGGGAGCCAUGGCCGGGCCGGACGGCUCGGUGGUGUCCACCCCAGCGCACCCGGCGCACAUGGCGGGCAUGAACCACAUGCACCAGGCGGCAAUCAACAUGGCCCACGCCCACGGCUUGCCCCCCCACAUCGGCAUGAGCGACGUGGACGCCGAUCCGAGGGACUUGGAGGCCUUCGCGGAGCGCUUCAAGCAGCGGCGCAUCAAGCUCGGGGUGACCCAGGCGGACGUGGGCUCGGCGCUGGCCAGCCUCAAGAUCCCCGGCGUGGGCUCGCUAAGCCAGAGCACCAUCUGCCGCUUCGAGUCGCUCACGCUGUCCCACAACAACAUGAUCGCCCUCAAGCCCAUCCUGCAGGCGUGGCUGGAGGAGGCCGAGAAGUCCCACCGGGAGAAGCUCAACAAGCCCGAGCUCUUCAACGGCGCCGAGAAGAAGCGCAAGCGCACCUCCAUCGCCGCGCCGGAGAAGCGCUCGCUGGAGGCCUACUUCGCCAUCCAGCCGCGGCCCUCCUCGGAGAAGAUCGCCGCCAUCGCCGAAAAGCUGGACCUGAAAAAGAACGUGGUCCGGGUCUGGUUUUGCAACCAGCGACAGAAACAGAAACGGAUGAAGUACUCGGCGUGUGUUUGAACGCACCACGGCGAUUCUCGCUCGGACUUUGGACGCUUUGUAUCAUAAAUUUCCUACUUAAAUAUUUCAACAAGAAAGAACAAAAAAACAAGAAAAACACACACCUUUUUCCAUUUGCCAUCAUCGAUGACUUUGUGAAUAAGAUGAAGAAAAAACGGAGCCGUGGAGUCUACCUGCCAGCAAGUAAGGCCGAAUGCUUUCCAACACUUGUUUAAAAAAAAAAAAAAAAGACUUGAAAUGAAAUUUCCAGCCAUGCUGAAUUAUUUCACAGGAGGACUGCAGUUAAAAUAGAGCAGAAAGGCGUGGAAAAUAGCAACGGAGAGCACUUGGUUUAUUUAUGAGGGACGUUUCAUUCAAGCAGGGUCCACUUGUGAGAGAUGUAAUAAUAAUGAUAAUAAUAAUAAUGAUUACGAUGAUAGAUGACUGCCAAAUAUCUCUCUGUAAAUGCAUCAUUUUACACACUCCAUUUUGUGUCGAAAACGUGCAAUUUUGCUUAUAUUUUUGUGAGGGGGAAUUUUAAAAGAUACCCACCGGAAUGUUGUUAGGCCUUUUUUUAAAAAAUACAUUUAAUUGAAAUGUUCUCCUAUAUUGCAAUAAGUUUACAGUCCAGCGUGGGCCUGCAGCAUCUUAUGAACUAUUUAUUGAGUGAGGUCAUGUUUACUUCAUUACAUAUUUAUUGGGAUUCCCCAUCACCAACCCCCUCCCUCUUUUUUUGCCUGAGAAAAAAAAUCCAAUUGUGAAUCGUACAAAUUCACACGAUUUAUUUUAUUUAUUUAUUUUAAAGAUGGUACAAUCGCCAUAUAUGAGAUAGUCCCCUGUCUCCUCCGUUUCCCCCCCCGCUGUUUAUUUGUAUCAAUGUUUUUUUGAAAAAAAAGGAUGUCGUUGCUUGUUCCAAUCACCUUGUUAAGUUUAUGAAGUCAUGUUAUGAUUCUGAUUUAUUUUCUAAUAUUCAUUAGAAAGCGUACAAUGUAAAUACGUCAUCGCUGCACAUAAAUAUAUUCGUACAGGUUUUUGCUGUAUUGCUGUUUUAGCUGAGGUAUUUCUGUAAUGUAUGUUGCUCCUCCUUUUUUUUAAAAAAAAACAAACUUUAAUUAAAAAAAAUAUAUUGGUUAAAUUAUUCAAAUCAUUUAUCACACAACAUGUGUUGCUUUGUUUUUUUUUUUGCUUCUUUUCAUUAAAAAACCCAACAAUUAUUAUUUAUUUAUUUACAACAAUUGAACUGCAAUGUGUUUCAUUAAAGAGCAAACUUUACCAUUUGAUUUAUGAUGGCUUUUUUUUUGGAAGCCCAGACAUGCUAAUGUGCUAUGCUAUUUUAUUUAUUCAUCUGUUUAUUUAUUGAUGAAGGAGGAGGGAAAACGCUUUAGCUGUGGGAUGCACAGCUUAAAAAAAAAAAAUCAUUUUCUUUCCCUAUCACUCCCUGUAAAAUGCUGCCAUUUUAUUCCUAUUAUUAUUAUUAUUAUUGUUAUUAUUACUAAUACUAUCGUGCACAAGUGCAAACCACCUAAUGUGAUUUUACUCCUUUUUUGACAUUUUUGGGGGGUAUUUCCACCUUCCUCCUUGGCUCCAUCAACACCACCAGGUGACUCAGGGUUGCCAGCUUACUGCAGCUUACCUGAGAGCAAAUGCUAAUAUUCUAUUAGAGCCUUAAUCAGGGGCUCUACGGAGGCCCGGAUGGCUCCCUGGAGCGGAGACUUGCCAGAUGUCAGCCCGCCAGAAAAACAGCUCGCCUGCCAAUGCGCCCCCACCCCCCAUCACUACACCCUGCAACACCACCUUUAUCCUUCUAAAUACACUCUUUGAAGAGGAAAGGAUGACAGAAAAUGAUGUUGAUUAUUUUUGUCAUGUCUAAAGCAGAUAGCGUUUCCUGACCUUUUUCAACUCAAGACAAAAAUAUUGAUACGAAAUUACUAAAAUACGUCAGGUAUUGCAAUAAUAUAAGCAUCUAAAGUGUAUAAAAACACAGAAGGUCUGUUUAAGGAUUAAUACAAUUUUUGACAGUGUUUCAAUCUACUACACAAUUGGCUACAGGACCCAUUUUUAGCUCCCAAACCCCAGUUUGGGAAACCCUGCUUUAAAUAGUGUAGGGCAAGGAUGUCUAAAGUGUGGCCCAGGGGCCAUUUUUGGCCAGCGGCACAUAUAAAAUCAAACAAAACAAAACAAAACAAAAAGGAAAAACAGGAAAAAUACAGCAAGAAUAUUCAUACUAAUAACUAAUAGCAACACAAAUCUUUGUCUUCAAAUUGAUAUAAAAACGUUUGUAACCUUUUUACAAAAUAAAAACAUACAUAUAUCAUUAGCUUUUUCAGUAUGCGGCACUCCGUGGAAAAAGUUAGGACACUGUUGGUAUUUAAAUAUGCGGCCCACGGGACAAAAAAUGGGGACCCCCAGAAUGAUAUGGGACUGGCUGGCGAGUUCAGUUCAAAACUAAUGCAGGGGUGCCCAAAGUGCGGCCCGAGAGGCAUUUGCGGCCCGCAGUUUGUUUCUUAUUUCACAUUUUUUAUUUUCAUUUUCUGAAAACGCAAUUAUACAAGAAAACCAACCGCAAAAGUAAAAAAGAGAGCAAAAAAAGCAUAAAAAUCACGACACAAAGUUGAAGUGUUAAUACUAAUAAAACUAAAACUAAAAAUAGGCUUUGUCACUUAAAGCUGCUUUUUUCUUUAAAUAACAUCUUAGCAGAGCUCCAUGGGUUGCUUUUAGCCUGAUAAGAACAUAAAAAACAUAAAGGUGGCAACCGAAUCCUUAAAUUUUUCGAUAAGCGGCCUUCGAUGGAAAAAGUUUGCUCAUGCAAGCGGCACAACAGAGGAUACAAAGGAACUUUGACUAGCAUUCAUUUCUCAGUAGGUUCUUUAAAAACGGCAGAGAGGUACUUUCACAUGGAGGAUCUUUGACUCACUUUUUUUGCAAAACAGCACAGUGCUCCUGUCAUAUAGACCAGUGAUUCUCAACUGCUGGGUCGGGACCCAUAAGUGGGUCACAAAUCCAUUCUGGGCGGGUCGCAGACAGCUAGUCAAAAAUUAACGUUAAAAUGUUGUAAUAUAAAAAAAUAUGUAAAUCUGCACUAUAAAUAAGUAUAAUAUGAUUAUGUAUUAUGUAUGUAUAUACAACUGACGUCUGACUUUUUUAAAAGUAAAUUGAGCUAUAUUUUAGUCAUCUUUCUCCUUGGUAUAUAAUCACUGCACAAUUGUAAGUGAAAUAUCUGCUUUUGUGGUAUUAUUUACUGCAAUUUUGGUAUUCAUUUUAAUUUACUUUACUUUAAUUUUGGUAUUUAUUUAAUUUACGCAUUAUUUGUAUGCAUGCAGUUAUCAAGUUCGUCGUCAUUUCCUUAAUACAAUGUCAUAAUAAAUCCAUUUAAAAAAUACAUGUUGGACAUGUAAUUAUGUGGAUUCAUGUUUAAAAACAAAACAAAACAAACACGUUUGCUGAGUGGGUCACGACUUAAUGACCAAUGGAAAAUGUGGGUCCCAGGGAACUCCUGAAAUAGGAAAUAGACAAUCUUUGACCAACCUAAACAUAUAAGUUGUAUUUUAAUACAACAAAUACAACUCAUUAUUUUAGUAGCCCCCGCCCCAGAACAUUUUAAGAAUUUAGUAGAAUAGCCAUAGAUGUUAUUAGCUGAGUAGACAGCAGAGAAAAAGAUGAUCAGCACCAUGGACAGCUACCUGUGUAAAAGUUUCAUUGAACUGCACACUUGCAGGACACAACAUUAGGUACACCUGACAGUCUAAAAAAUGAGCUACUAAAGGUAUUAAUUUGACAAUAUAUGUUUGUUAUUACGAUUGUAGACAAGCACUGCUUUUUACACAAAGAGCUGUUUGUAAUAAUUGCAUGCUGUCAUAAUAAUAAGCACAACAUUACACCCAAAAGACUCAUAAGAAACAUAUUUACAUUGGCCACAAGAUUAGGUACACCUACACAAUUCGAUUUCCACACCUUGCCUUAGGGAUGCAUGUGUAUUUAUGUGUAUUUAAUAUCU